AGAAGUGGGCGGAGUAAACGGCAAGGUGAGCAGUCAAUAGCGGGUGACCGGACAGGUCUCUGCGGAAAAAGGAAAAAACAACAAAUGCAGACGUAGUGAAGCUAAUAAUAACAACAAGGGCGUGAAAUGUGGAAGUAGGGGCAACACAACACUGACAGAGUCCCGUGCUGUGGUGGGCUCGUUCUAAAUAACCCGAGAGGCCAUCCAAAACAUAAAAAAAAACGUGUACUUCGCUUGCUUUUCGUUCCAAAAAAGCUAUGUUCAGCUCAGAAGCUCUUCGGCCCGGGACGGCGAUAUCGGGGCGGAAAGCCUUGGGAAAAUUGGCCGCCCGGCUGGAGGAGGUUAAGAACCCUUGGAAACAGAGCUCUACCUUGGAACUGAGCCACAACGAAUCUGCUCGCCUGGCCACCGAUGCCCUGCUCGAGUCUGGGGAGGAGGAAUACCAAAGAGUGUUGGCGGAGGAGCGGGAGCUACCAUUCCUAUCCCCCUUGGAAAUCGAAUAUAUCACUCGACACGGCAACAAGAAAAACGGCCCGAGUCCAAGCCCGGCGUCCGGCGUUGACAGGGACGGCCCAAUGGAAGGGGAUGCACUGUCGGAGCUCACCUCGGGCACUUAUUUCCCAAUGAUGUCUGAUGAAGAACCUCCGCUACUGGAGCUCGGCUGGCCAAAUAUGCAACUAUCACGGGGAGCAAUGUCAGAGACACGCAUCUACUUCCAGAGAGACAAGUCCCAAAACCUGAAGGACAUCAUUCGCUCACUCAUCAACAAGGCUAAGCAGGUGAUUGCAUUGUUAAUGGACCUCUUUACAGAUGUGGAUCUGUUUUGCGACCUUUUGGAAGCAGCAAACAAACGCAGAGUUGCUGUCUAUAUCCUCCUGGAUGAGAAAAACUUGCCUUACUUUUUGGAAAUGUGCAACAAUCUCAACAUACGCCACAGCGACUUACAAAAUAUGCGGAUCCGCAGUAUUUGUGGAGAAACCUACUGCACAAAAUAUGGGAAGAAGUUCACUGGUCAGGUCCUGGAAAAGUUUCUCAUCAUCGAUGGCGAGGAGGUCAUCACUGGAUCUUACAGCUUCACUUGGCUUUCUGCUCAGGUCCACACCAACAUGAUGAUUCACCUCACAGGAAGUAUUGUUGAAAGCUUCGACAGAGAGUUUCGCUGCAUUUAUGCAGAUUCCCAAGUCAUCAGCGGUCUCCAUGAUCCCAAUGAUGAUGAUGAUGAUGAUGCAGUUGUAAAUGUCCAGAUUCCUCGGCCCAAUGGAAUUUUCAAUUUUGAUUACAAACUGGAAGGGCCUAAACAGAAUGUUCGCUCUGACCCCUCUAGCAGCCUCUCCAGCAACAGCCUUUCCAGCAUUAAGAAAUCACCCGGGGCAAUAUCCCCAACAAGUAAAGCCAACCAUGAUAAAAAGGAAGGGAACAACGGCCUUAGUAAUGUGGAUAAGGGAGGCUCAAGUCCUACCACAUUCCAUUUUCCUAGCCAAAUACUUCGAGGCUCUGGAACUGGAGGGCCUAGUGUUGUCCCAUUAAAUGAAUGGUCAAAUGCACGAAAUGGGCCUAGCGUGGUCCCAUUCACCGAAUGGUCAAAUUCAAGAAACGGACUUGUUCAGAAGUCAACAGGUUUGGGUCUGUUUGAGACCCGUCAGAACUUUAACUCCAAUCACAACACUUACCUUGAACAUGAACCCAACUCCAAACAGAGGCCAACAGUCUUGCUUUCAAAAAUGACUGAUUUAUUAACUCUUCCAACAAAAAAUAAAGAGGUGCCACCACCAAAUAUGCCAGUUAGGUCACCACCCCGAAAUGGCUUUCCUGCCUUUAAAGACAUAAAAUGGUCUGAUACUGAAAACAGACCUGGCAUACCUGAUGGGCCCCUUCCUUCAGAGACUCAACCGCAAGAGCGAAUGAAUAAAAUCAACAGACAUGAUGAGAAAAGAAUGACUCUGGGUCACAGCAAACUGGAGUUGGUAAACCAGUACAACAAAACAAAGAAAAUAUACAGCCGCUUUGAAAUGAAAUAAGAAACUUUUCUGAACAGCUGAAGAUGAAAGUUGUGAAAUAUUGGCAGGGUCCGGGGUUAUCAUAGUACUGACGUUUUUAAAAACUAUGCCAUUGAAAUGUUUAGUGAAAAGUUUCAGGUACCAAAGUUGCUUUUCAUUUUUUACAGCAAGGAAUUUCCUUUCACAGCCAUGGCAGCAAACUGCUUUUUAGAAAUGAACAGUUGAAAAGCAAUGACUUGUAUUUGCACAUAAGAAAUUCUUAGUGUGAAAGAUGACAGUAGGAUUUAUAAAGCACAAAUAUCUGUCAUAGCAUCUAUUUCAUUAUGGACUAUUGCCAUUUAAGAUAACAAUCCAUACAUACUCUGGACGCAUGCUGGUACAGUACAGGCUAUGAAAGGCUGUACUUGAACUCCAGCCUGGACAAAAGAAAAAUAAUAACUGUGAAUAUGCAAAAAGAUCAAUUUUUUUCAUUACCAGCACGUUUUCAAAUGAACAGGUAAUAAAAGAAAUCAAAUGCCUAUCAGUUGAACAGACAUUGCCAGCUUUUGUAAAGGCCUCAUUCAGCAGUUGAAUGUGCUGCAGGGGUCAAACACAGGUCCUUGAAGCUGUGAGGCAGCCUGCUUCUUCCUUUAUAAAUCUCUUAACGUUAUUGGAUUUACAGCAGUUGUUUUGCACUUUUAAAAGCUGCUUGCCUUGUCUUUGUUAUUUUAUGGUUUGCAAGGGGUUGUGCAGUCAGCCACAGAACAAAAUACACAAUGCCUCAGAAGCGAGGGGCUUACUUUUCUAAGGCUCACAAGGAGGAUGUCCUUGUUUUUUAAUUAAAAAGGCAGCAUUUCUUAGAGUUUCUAAAAAAUAAAUAAAUAAACAACGGGUAGAGCUUGUUGUUUCUACAUACUGUAUACAAAUAUAUUAGGAGUCCUUGUUGGCUAAUUUCAUUGCAGUGUUUAUUGUUAACCUUUCAUUAAAUGGCUAACAUUUUAGAAAACGGUUGGAUGUCUGGUUAUGUUUAUGCAGGUGAAAGAGCAAGUCCUUUGCCAAGACUCGCAGCUCCAAUGCUAAUGAGGAGUUCAGAGGCAAUGAUUCCACUGAGUCUUACGUUACUGAUCGGCUGCUUCUACUGUUGUCUUGGCACUGAUGGGCAUACUGUGCACCUGCCCUGGGCCCAAGAGAAUAUAGAUAAUUAAAUAAAAUAAACACAUGAA